AUGAGGCCACCACGUGCGUCAAUCACAUUAUUUGGUACAUGGUAUAUGAAUCACGAUUUGGAGUCUAAGAGCCUCAGAAUCAACCGAUCAGCGCAGCAUGGAGUGAAAAGGCGUUUAAUCCUGGGAGGGGAAAUCCCCGAUUUCUUGUCACCCGAAGAAGCUGAUCACAUCAUUGAUGUGGCUUAUGGUGUUGGUUUCUCCAAAAGCGAUAUUCAUCUGGACCCAGUGGCUAAAGAUCACGCAAAGACAUUGAGAUCAACCGAAGGUCACUCGAACAGCUCAGCUGGUUAUUUUUUGAAUUGGGAUUUCGACAAAGAUUACGAAAUAACAAAAGACGAGGCGAUGACCUUUGCCAAGAAGUUUAAAUAUCUUUACUUGUCUCCGGUGGAAGUAGAUGAGAUGAUAAAGAAUUUGGAUCUUAAAGAAUUUGACGAUGGUAAGAAUAGGUGAUAGGACGUUUUUCUUAAUCAAACUCUAGAGGAUCAGGUUUUUGAUAAUGAUCAGCAUCUAUUUUCCCCUACAGUAUAAAUGCAAUGAGUGCCGUGCACGCAGGCGAUGAGGAGAUAAUUAUUGAUCACCAAGUAAUGAAAGGGUCCACAGGCAUUUUAAUGAGAGCAUAGUGCGUCAGGUUGCAAUAUGGCGGUUUAGCAUAUGGCUAGCUCCAUGAGCGGGCAAGUUGAGCAGAAUCCUGCAUCAGUGAUUGGCUACCCGCAAGAUGGCGCUAACUUUGCCAGCUCGGGAACACCC